AUGUCGAGGGUCAGGGCGGGUGGGGGACGACAGUUAUCUGGAAAGGAGGGUGGAUCAGAAGAUGACCCUGAGAUCGACGCAAUAGUGGAGCUGUGCUUAGAACUGGAGCAGGAUUACGCCCGAUCCUUGCAACCUUCUGAAAUGCCACAACAGAUGCACUGGGGGGACAGUCAACCGUGGCAGCAUGUUUCCGGUAGCAGAGAGGAGCUGCAUACUGGCGCCCAAACUCCCUUAAACGCGCCUUUGGUUUUCGACAAAUUCAACCAAGGCUUGGUGUUGCUUCAAGCCCAGCCCAGGGCGCAGCCGGGUGCCCCAGUUCACGACGUUCAGCCCAGCAUACAGCGCAGCACGUUUCCUUCAAUUGUUGGGGCAUUGUCUGCAGGAAAGAGGAAACGUGAAGAUUACCCAACGACGUAUCCACUGAAUCCGCCAAAGAGGUAUAUGUCUCCUUCUGAACAAAGCACAAGAGCGCCACGGACGCAUGAAACUAGUGCGCGCAAGCCUUCAAAAAGCAGCAAAGAUGCACAACUAUUGGAAAGUGAAUGGCGAAUAAUGACUCAGGGGCUGCUUAACGCUUUGGGAGUUACAGACCCAGAGUCGCGUCCCAGUGGCUCAACGUCUAGUUCCCCGUGUGCGUCGCCAGUUCCUUCAACGUCUGAGGAGGCUAGCAAUGCAGCGUUGGCCAGCGGAAUGCAAAAGCCAUCAUCUCCUUCGUCAGGGUCCCCUGGCUCUCCUCUAAACACAAACGAACCUAUUGCCGCUCCGGACGAUAAUCCGACUCCAGAGCCCGUCGCCUCGACGACUAGCCCUAAGCCUGCCUCGCCUGCCAGGGAACAUCCUUUCUACAGGAUCCCAGUCCUGCAACCAGUGCUUGUGCAAGAUAUGGUUCGCCAAGUAGACUUAGAGGGCCUCCUUUGCAAAAUGGAAACUCUUGCAGGAUAUUUGAUGCACUCACACACGAAGCGUGCGGUUCAACUAGUGCCCCAAAAAGCUGUUCGUGCGCUGGGGCUCCGCUACAUGAUAUUAGAUGCACUUUUUGUCGCAAGGGAGGUACUGGGGGAGGCGGGGAACAGCAAUUCGUGGUGGGAAGAACUCGUGGCAAACAUUCCGGAAGAGGUGGCGGAUAAACCUUAUAACCGAUCCUUCGGAGAUCAAUUUGAAGUGAAUAUUCGUCUCAGAAAAGCUUUGUGCGCAGCGAUACAGCUGCUUAAGAAGGGCAUUCGUCCUAACAGAGAAACAACAAUUCUGUUGAAGCGACAGCUGCUUUGCAAAGAGACGAUGACCGGCCAUAUAGCGGCGACGGCCGUGGAUAGCGAGAUUCCAUAG